UUGGUGGGAUUUUUUUACUUUGGGUCAAACAAAAAAUGUGAGUGAAUUCAGUUAAAUGUAAUACUAUUAGCAUCAUUAUUACACAGCAAAGUCUGUCUGUAUAGAAAAUCAAUUAGUGUUUGUUUCUUUUUAUCAGCUAUUUCUGCAUUUUAUUAUAUCUAAAAGUAUUUGUUUUAAUCAUCCGAUUUGAAUAUAUAGUGCCCAUCUAAAAAUAAAAACACAUUAACUUAAUUAAUAAAUUAAUAUAAAUGACAUCAAACAUUAGGAAAGAUAGUUAGGAUGUGAUUAAAGGGGAAAAUAUUUAAACUACAACAAAAAAUCUAGUAAAUCUUAUAAUAGUAUAUUUUAAAGUCACAUGCUAACUUGAGAUACAUUUUUGAAAGAAUUGACGUUUUUCUAUUUCGACAGGGCAUGUGGAAAAUAUUGACCUACAUUUUUUGUUUGUUUGUUUGUUUGUGUCUUUAUGCUGCGCUCGGAUGGAUAAACAUCUCUACAAAGGCUGUUCGCAGCUUUAGUUAGUAUUAAAGACGAGAUCUGUAAAUACUUGGUUCGUCGUGAUUUAUUUCCAGAAGGCUGCUGUUUACACAGUAACCACUAGGGGGCAGUGUUGUCAUCGUAAUAUAGAUCGUCAACUGAAUUCCACCGCUGUCACGUACAGUUUUUUGGGGAUCAGAAAAUGUCAAAUCAAAGGUUUUGGAAAUAAAAAAUCAUUAUUUUUCAGACGUUACCCACUGUCAAGAUUUAAACAAUGAAUGUGGUACUGGUUCACAGUACCGUUGAAAGGCGUUAAUGGUCUUGCGGGGGGGAUGGGGGUCUCCGGAUGAAAACUGACACAAAUGUUUGGGUCAUGUUGCACCAAAAAGACAAAAGUACGAAAUGACAUUUGACAAAUAUACUACAACAUGUACGACCAUUAAGAUUGUGGCAUAAUUAUUGAAACCUUCAAUUGUGAGUGCCUUACUGGAAUCGGAUAUUCCUACAGUAUUUGAAUUCAAAACAGGAUGUGAAAUAAGACCUAAAUAUAUCAUCAUGCCAAUUAAUCAGAUGUGAUUAAAUUUUUCUCCUUACUUUUAUAUUCACUAUCAAUUUACCAUCAGUUUUGUGUGCUGUUUGUGCAUUGUCUCUAUACAAUGAAAACACAACAAGAACAGUCAUAGAAGUGCAAAUGACACUAAUGUUGUUAUUAUUUACAUGUAUUGUUUAAAAUAAAAAGUUCACAAUAAAAACGGUAUAAUAAUAAGCUACAUCUGUAUAGUAAAACUAUUUUUUCAUCACCACAUUUUCAUAAGAUUUUAACUUGGUAAAAAUGUUGUACGUAAUAAGUGCGCGCGCACGCAGGUCUCCCUCUGCUCGCGGGCACGCGCAAUGUGACGUCAACGCCUUGCCGCGCAGUGAUGAUGGCGGUGCGUGAACGCGCAGUUAAAGUAAUGGCUGCUCUGGAACGGCGGGUGCCUUGUCUCGAUGAUUUCGUGGGCCAAAGCUGGAGCGACUGGACGGAACGAGCCAACCCGACAGCAUCGGGGGGGUCUGAUGCAGAUGAAUACAGCAAGAAUGGCAAGAAAACGGCGGAAACCAUGACAUUGCGAAAGGAGGACAUGUCCAUCUUCGGUCACUUUCCUGGACACGAUGAUUUCUACCUGGUCGUGUGUGGCCACUGCAGUCAGGUGGUGAAGCCUCAAGCGUUCGAGAAGCAUUGCGAGAGGAGACACGGCCCUCUGGGUAAGCUCUAUGCACACCUCCGCUCCACCCCACCUCCACCUCAGCAGCCGAAACCCCGUCACUGCCACACUCCGCCCUCCCACGGAACCUCUUCCUGGAGUGGGAGGAACCAGAAUGUCGGGCCCCCGCGGGCGUCGCCGCAGUCUCCCUCCACGCCGCCGCAGUUCAGACACUCAAAGCCUCCCAAAGAUGGAGUUUGGCACUCUUCUUUGGAAAAGACCACCAACUCGGGUCAUUCAGAAUCGUCUGUUUUUAAGCCGCCUCCACCCAUUGAACCCCCACGGACCUCCCCAUCCCCCACUCACAGAGACCCCCCAUGGCCCCAAGGAGGCCCUUCGCCCAGUCGGCCACCUUCGUCUGAAAGACCCCAGUCCCAGAAAGGGGAGGCAACCUCUGCCUCCAACAUCUCUGGGCACCCCCGUGGACCACGGGCAUACAAGAUCCCCAAAAAAUGUGACCUUGACAGGCACUGUGGUGUGAUGGACCCCGAGAGAAAAAAAGUGUGUACUCGACUUCUGACCUGCAAUAUUCAUUCCAUCCAUCAGCGGAGAAAGGUUCAGGGCAGGAGUAAAAACUUCGACCAUCUGGUGGCAGAGCUGAAGAUGAGUUCUAAGGCUCGUGAACGAGUUUCUCAGGCCCCCGAGGGCUCAGCUGCUCAGUCCAUGAGCCCAGAACCCCCCAGAGAUACAACCGCACCGCCUCUAUGCCGGAGACCUCUUACAAAUAGCCCCGCGUUCAGAACGCAGACAGUAUCUGACAGUAUAGAGGACGAGAAACCCCAUCUAGAUGAUGGGAGCACAUGGCCACACUCUCCUCUUGCCCAGGCAAACAUCUCAGGUGAGGAGAGUGAAGCAGAGGCAAACGAUGACCUGGCAGACUGGCACUCAACUCCAUGGCAUCCCAAACCAGCAGCGCUUUGUUCGUUUGGGAGUCAUUCUUUGGGCCACGGCAUCUUCACUUUUGAUCGACGGCUGCAUCAUCUACGGUCCGCCAUGAGUGUCAUGGUGGAGAACCACCUCAGUGCCCAUCUGUGGAGAAAAAUACCUCAAGCGUCCGAUUCUCAGUCCCAGAGUCCCCCAGCCAAGCCUGCCGCUGUUCCUGCCUCUCCUUCCUCCAUUUCCCAGCAUUCCAAACUGAAGACAGGAAGUCACAACCCCACCUCUCUCAAGACUUCCUUCUACUCCUCCCACGGACCAGGCAAGGAGCCAAACCCGCAGAGUUCCUCCACCAGCAAGUCAUACAGUCAAUCAGAGAACUCUGGGGGUGGCCAAUCGACCGCUUCUCCCUCCAGUAAACUCGGUCGGGCUCUGACUCAGUCAGGCCCCGGGCGGCCCAAAAACCCAGUCGGUCGCCCAUGCAAGCAGCAACCGCGUCUCAGGGAAGCAGAGCGGACGUCUUCUGCGGACGCCGCUGCACUGCGAAAACGCAAAGCCUCUUUCGACGAGUCGGACGCCGUCAGCCCGGACAAAAACUGCGUGGCACAGAGCAAGGGGCGGCCUCUCAUUUGCAAAACGCCACCGACGGCCUCUCACAGACAAACCAACGGCUCGCUUUCGCCAGGAAGCAAGCCGCGGACACAUCUCACCCCCUCAGACCCCCACGUGCCGCCCUCGUGGGCGUUCAAAAAGACUUACCCUCCGGCCCAUCACUCACCCCCAGACGCUGCCCCGCACAGCCGAGGAGUGGACUCAGGACUGCACAGCAGGAUGGCCAGCUAUGAUCACAAGGGUUUGGGGAAAAAACGCAAAGACAGCGGCUCGUCUCCCCCUUCCAAACCCCACCGGCUGCCCACCUCCCCUCAUUCUGGCUUCUAUCCCUGGAAAGAAAGCAAGGGGUCGGGGCUCUCUGUUGGGGGGGAGAAGAAACUCAGCACACAAAAGCCAAAAUUGCACCACUGAGAGUGCCAGCCUUACAAGCCACUAAAAGAGAGAGAGAGAGAGAGAGAGAGCCUAUGAACACGUAUAGGACUGAACGCAGGACUCCUGAUGUUUGACUGUUUGAAUCGUGUAUUUGUGCGCGCGCAUGUUUAGCUACUAUGAAUGUCUGUGUGUGUGGAUGUGUAUGUGUAUGAAAUAAGAUGAGGGAGCGAAUUUCUCUGUGAAUUCAGAAAAUACCUCAGAAUCUACUGAAUAAUGCUGCUACGUAAAUGUUGUUUAUAAAAUGGAUUAAAAUAUUCUUUAUACUCA